GAGGUGCGCGUGCGCCGCUGGUGCGUGAGCGCUUCAGCGUGAGCCGUCCAGGUCAGCCCUGAGGAGGGGCUGCGGCGUGGACCCCGCCCCCCCCCGAGCCGGCAUCGACCUGAGGGGAGGUCCGGGCGGGAGGGACCGGCGAAGAGAAAGGCCCUGGGAGGGGAAAGGAGAAAGGGGCUGGGAGGGGAGAGGCGGCCGAGCGACGUGAGGGGCGGUGGGGGCGGCCCCAGAACAUGGCGGCCGUGGGGAGCGGGCGGGAGAUCGGCGGCGCGGCGCUGUGAGGGGCCCUGUCAGCGCCCGGGGGGCGGGAGCGGUCUGCGCGGGAAGAUCGGUGCCACAGGCGGAGAAUUGCCUCUAAACUGCCGUCUGCAUUCUUUGACGUUCGGGCUGGAGCGCUGACAGUCGGUAUUUCUGCAGCCUUUCCCUCCUCGCUAGAGGCAUGCUUUUCUUUUUUUUUAGGGCUAAACACGAGGUGAAUUAGAAUGUCAAUAGUCGCAGUCCAGCUUGGCCAGUGUGGUAACCAAGUUGGUCAUGAGGUGUUUAACACCAUCUGUGGUGAUGUCCGUGGCACACACGGAUUGUGUUCCAAGAAGGAGAAUGAAGCCUACCACGAUGCCUGCACAGAACGGUUUUUCAGCGAGGCAGAGUCUGGAGGUACAGCCUUACCUGUUGCCCGGGCUGUGCUUGUUGACAUGGAACCUAAAGUAAUCAGCCAAACUUUAUCAAUAGCUGCCCGGUCUGGCCACUGGAAAUACGAUGAUCAGUCACACUUCUGUCAGAAGCAAGGGUCCGGGAACAACUGGGCAAAUGGUUACUCUGUUCAUGGGCCUAGAAACAAAGAAGUAAUCAUGAACCUAGUACAAAAAGAAGUAGAGAAAUGUGACCGACUCAGUGGAUUUUUCACAAUAAUGAGCAUGGCUGGUGGUACAGGUUCUGGCCUAGGAGCAUUUGUGACUCAGUGUUUAAGAGAUGCUUUUCCAACCUCGUUUAUACUAAACCACGUUAUCUGGCCCUAUGGCACUGGUGAGGUCAUUGUUCAAAACUACAACUCUGUUUUGACUCUGUCACAUCUGUAUCAGUCAUCAGAUGCUCUUCUUGUUCAUGAAAAUGAUGUCAUUCACAAGAUCUGUGCUCAGCUGAUGCAUAUUAAACAGAUCUCUUUCAGGGAUGUAAAUCAAGUCAUUGCACAUCAACUGGGGAGUGUCUUCCAGCCUGCUCACACAGCAGAAGCUGGUUUACACUACAGCAGAAACCCUUUAGGAGACUUAAUGGAGGCGUUAGUUCCACAUCCUGAAUUCAAGAUGUUGGGUCUCCGUAACAUACCUCAGAUGCCUGAAAACUCCCUCGCAUAUAGCACGUUCAGUUGGCCUGGACUCCUCAAACAUCUGAGGCAAAUGCUCAUUGCUAAUGCUAAAAUGGAGGAAGGUAUUGAUUGGCAAGUACGGCCACCAUGUCCAGGCUCCUCCAUCUCCUCCAGUCAUUCCACAAACAAGCUGCUGCAUUUCAAUACUUCCAUUGCCAACCUGGUCAUCCUGCGAGGAAAAGAUAUGCACAGUGUAGACUUAGGAAGUUUCCGAGAUCCUUCAUUAUAUACAUCAUGGCUAAAUCCUCAGGAUGCUUUUAAUGCCUGGAAAACCCCUAGAGCAUUUAAUAAGUAUGAAAAGUCUGCUUCUCUGGUUAGCAAUAGCCAGUUCCUGCUGAAACCUCUUGACAAUGUUGUAGGAAAAGCUUGGAAUAUGUUUGCUUCCAAAGCCUACAUUCACCAGUACACUAAGUUUGGAAUUGAGGAGGAAGAUUUUUUGGACAGUUUCACAACUCUGGAACAAGUUAUCUCCAGUUACACCAACCUCUGAUUUUUGAAAUGAUCUCUUUCUGAAAGAACCCAGCACUGGAAGACCUUCCAUCAACUAUCAAGUAUAUAAUUUACUGGACUACAACUACUUGUUAAUCUUGUGAGCAGGGCAUGCAUGUGUUAGAAUCAAACUGAAUGAGAACUGAGUAUAUUUAUAUGCACGGAUAGUAUUCCUAUUUAACAGAGGUAGUAGCUGUUUUCGAAAACAGCUGAUAUUUGUUGUAGCUUAAUCUUUGAAUGUCAUUUUCAGAACUUGCAUAUUUUUAAUAAAGAAUUUCUAUACAGAAGGACUUCUCUCAAGGCAUUCCAGCUCCUCCAGUUCCAAUUUUUCACGCUAACACUUUGCCCUAGAAUGCUUUAAUAUUGAUAAAAACACAUACUAUCAGAAUUAUUAAUCCAAACUCCAUUUGGGUAUCAUUCAAGAGACAACAGUCUGCCACAUGGUGCUUUAAAGCAAAGUAAGGCUUAAAUUCUACUUAAGUUUAUAGCCUUGACAAAACACUGCAAGUUCUGAACCAUCUGGGAAGAAAAAAAAAAAAAACACGACAAAACACCUAUGAAUGGGGGUCUUCAUUUUCUAGGUAUCCUGCAGUUAUAUUAGACAUCACAGUGAAUUCCAUGCUUUUCCAUUCAUUUACAGAGAAAACUGCAACUCUUGCUCUUCCUCCUAUGUUAGGAGAGCAAGCAGAUGUUCUUUUUUAAAUCUAUUUUUCAGUAAUUAAAAAGAUUUGGGAGGAGAAUUGCUGUUAGAUUACAGAUGGAUGACGCUGUAAUGUUAUUAUCUAAUUUCAAAAUUUAAGAACCAUGCUUUUUAUUUUCCCGACAAAUGUUACCACGACCACAAGGUGGUGCCACCGUGAAGCUGCAGCCUGCAAACACAGCAGCCAGGUACAGACAAAAGCGACCAAAAAUCACCCAGAAAAAAAAAAAAAAGAAAGAAAAAAUCAGAUCAAUCUCAAGGACUUUUCCUUUGAGAAGUGGACAGAUACCACAGUUCAGUUUAAGCCUCAAAGCUAUUUCACUCCAGGCCUCUGAGCUUUUAACUAAAAGAUGAGCAAGCAUAUAGAACAGUAAAUAUAUUAAGGAUGUUUGCAACAUGGCCUGCACAGAAGUCUUGCUUUGUUAGAAAUUCUAAUCUAGAUUUUAAAUCUUCAGUGACUUAACACAGCAGUAGAUGCAGAAAUGCCCUUGUAAUUCUGCUUGGCUUCAGUUAGAGGACAGCUGACACUGUAUAUUGCUCUCAUCUAUACCUCCUUUCCUAGUUUAAUUUACCUCUUCAUUUUUGUUCAGGUCAGGAACAGAAGCACUAAAAUCCAUCCAGGAACAGCUGUUCUCAAAGUAGCUCAGGAGCAUGAGAUCUGGAAAGGCAAACAAAUCUGACAUGAUCUAAGUAACUGUACAACUGACUCUGGAGAAGGUACUGGGGUAAGUUCACAAUUGCUCAAUUACAGAAGCAGCAACAGCUGACCACUGUCAUGGCUGUAGUUUCAAUGCAUGCCACAGUGGAUUCUGAUACAUUUCAUGGGAGUUUAUAGAUAAGCAAUGUUAAUCUCUAAUGCCUUUAGAAAAAAACGUUUCUGGAGGGAAGACAAAGAAAGCAGGUGGGGUAAAUGCACUCAAUUUCAUAUUAGAAGACAUUUGACGUGUAUGACAACACAUUUUGACACUAUUCUUCCUACAGACCACAGUGCACAAUCCAACAACUCAGCUUGCUUUGCCUUCUCUUUAUACUCAGCUGCUUUAAUUGCUGUUUUAGGAAUUCCUUCUCAAAAGGAGGACACAAUAAUCAUGGUUCAACUAUCCAAAUAUACUACAUUUAAAACCACAUAUCAUUUUUAUAGACAAUUAUUUGUGAUUAUUUAAUAUUUUUUCACUAAAUUACUUCCUGUCAGCUCAGAGAUAGUGCGCUGUUACGAUCAAAAGGGAUUUUCUGGUGUUAUGUUUUUGUCAAUUGAACUAUUAUGCUGGGCGGGUAUUCUCACACAAGAAACUGGAGGAAAGUAACACACACAAAACAUCAAGAGAACCAGCUCGGGCAGUUCAAGUUUGCAAAGAGCAAAGGGUCAGGAAAGCAAGCAGAACAGUGAGGUUCUCCUUCUUCAAGGCACAGGAUAAUUAGUAAAGGUAGAAACCAUUUUUUCCAAGUGUUAGCUACAGAUACUGCUGUCAGACUAAGGAUUUCUUCCAGUAUCAGAAAUGAAAACAGGUAACUCCAUUUCUGAAAAACAGCGAUGGAGUCCCAGGGAUAGACAUUCUUCCUCAUUGUGACAUUGCAUUACAAAAGAGCUUUUAAAAAGCUACAACAGGUAAGUCCUCUCAGCAACAAGGAAGAGACCUGUAGGUUAUUGUACUGCUACAUAAGUAACUUGCAGAAAUAGCACUGCAUUAUGUUUGUGUAUUUACAAUUCCAAGCAUGAAGCAAAUGCAGCAGCACUUACUGCAGCCACAAAUGACACAGAGCCAUUCACCCAUCCCUUACAGCUGCAUCUAUUCUUUAAUGGAGUAUGUCACUCUCAGUUAACAAAGGAGCAUAUUUGGGUUUUUGUUUAUGUUUAAUGGCAGAGCUAUGCCACCAAGUUCAUUGCUGCUUAACAAGAUGCCAGUCAAAUUUUGAAUUUUGACAACGCAGAUUUCUUGAAGCUACAAAAAUUGGAGGUGAAAACAGAACCCAAACUGUUGUAUUAGCUUUUAUGAUCACUUUGAUUUCACUGGAGGUUGACAGGAAUUAUUUUUGGCUUCUCCAGGUCUCUUUCUGUCAGCGUUUUUCACUGCUGACCUCAGUUUUGGGACUCUAACAUCCCCUCCCAAACUAAGCCUUCAUUUUUUUGAUCUGUGGCUGAAUUCCUCUAUUUUUUCCCCAGGAUGUGGAGAGCAGAGGGUCAAGUGGCAGGAAGUGAAUAACUACUCUCAAAUGUACAUAAUCUCAAAUUAUAUUAGAAGGUGGAGAAUUCUUUCUUUAUUAUUGUUUCGUGGAGAAAAUUAGUAGUUUAAAUGAGAGCCUGAGCCUGGGAGAGGGCCAUUACUUCAUUAGCAGCUGAAAUGAGCAAGGUAAAAAUCAAAGGCCAUCCCAAGGCAAUGGUGACCAAGGGAUAGCAGCACCAGUGGCCCUGACCCCACUGCUUUUAGGCAAGCUACCCACAGGAAGUCCAUGAACCGAGGAACAAUGCAUCAAAUCUCACUAUUGUUUGUUGUCACGGACAGGUGCAGGUCCCCUGGAAGUUGAUUCAAGGACUAACUAUAGCAGAUAUACUGAGUGAACAGGGUAACUUUAUUUGGUCAUCAGAAAAAAACAGGACCUAAGUUGCAAGUACUUUAAAGACAAUGAGUGGCCCGUGACAGGGCACUGAUGCAAUAUAUUUGGACUUGCUUGUGAAGUAAGACUCCAUAGCAGUAAGGAAAGGAUAUGAACAAUGAAAAGGUACUUUUAGGAGACUUAACAGCACGGGGUUAGCAACAGGAACAGUUAAGGACAAAAACUUGUAGUUUCCACAAAGACCUCAAUUCUGCCAAUAUAGAAAAAGGAAGUUGUGUGCAAAUUAGCAGCUGGUACAUGACUGGGAAACAUUAGGGUGAAAAAGGUAUUGAAUGAAUCAUUCAUUUCCUUUGGCAUCUGUUAAUAAAUUCAGUAUAAGUGCUAUGAAAUGACAACCCAAACAUCCUAAAGGAAGUACUCUCGGAUGUCAAAGUGUACUUUAAGGAAGCCUGAGAUUUGCUGGACACUGCUUUAAAAGCUGAGCAGCAGCCACCAGGAAUGUGAUUCAUGGAUCUGCCGUAUUACAAAAAGCUUCAAAAAGAGCGGAGCUGCUGCCAUUCCUCUACUGCUUUCAAGGGCACCCCAGCUACACCUUUACCAGUGCAGCAAAUUCCAGUGUAGGCUUCUUCCUCAAGCCAGCAGCACGGCUUGGAUGCUCUGCCAGCCUUUAACCCGCCUGGAUGCAGAGCUGAUAACCCCAAAUUUUAACUGCAGAGCCUUUCCGGCUCUUUCAGUCAAACUGGAUGUUCACAAUGGCCCCUUCUGAGCACACAUUGUAUGAAUCCUCUCCCUCCAGACAGCCACUUCCCCUCUGUCCGGGUGGGUAAUGAGUCACCCACCUCCGUGAAUCAGCAGAACAUGCUUAACCCCUUCCCAGAAUCACCAACAGCUGCACAUCGGGUGGUGUUUCAAGUAAAUGUUUUUGCCAAUGAUACAGAGCAGGCUGGAAAAGGCUGGAGAUGGCUAGGGGUAAAAGAUUAGCAAGGCCAUAAGGUUCCACCAGACAGAAAAUAAGAAAAAUGAGGACUUUCUCUUGGCCAAGACUGCUCUUGUUUCAGCUUCAGGAAGCUGUGAGCUCCCUUCACUAAUAAUAUAUGAUGAGAAAUAAAUGCCAUCGUAAGCAGUAUACAUGCACUUAAAUGAGUGCAUUCUCCAGAAACGAUUAUUGUACCUAUUUGGUUACACGUACGGUGUAAUGUUUAUUCAAAGGCUCACAUGAGUACACUUCAGUUGCCUGAGAAUGGUGUAACUGUGGUCAGAUGACACGAUUUAAUUUGAGCCUUUGCCCAGCAGGCUCCUACAUGUAACAGAUCAGUGACUGGAGCACGUGAGCAGCACACCACCCAAGGAGCCAAAUGGAAAGCAGCCUCAUCCCACAUGCUGAAGGUGUAAUGAAACACUGACUUUGUAAUCCUUGGUUGGCAAAGGCGGUGGAGAGUCAUUGUGGCAGCCUCAGUAAGAACAGUCAGAGCUGGGCAACAGUUCAGAGCUGCCACUCUCCAGAUGGCUCCGAACAAUACUGGGUUCACUAAGAACUCCCAUGUAAGAGUGCUGUGGGAUGGCUGUGUUUCUACCACUCGCAAAGAGCACACUGGGACAUUUAUUUCCUCCUCACCCCACAUGGAGCAGCUCCAACGCAACAGAGUCACCACGUCUGCAGAUGUAUGCAUGCAGCUAUUUGAUGCUGUAAAUCACACCCCUCCCUAAGAGACCUUAACCCAGCUUUUCACAUCAUUUUCCUCUGUAAGGCUGUCUCCAAACUCUGUAUUUUCACAGUGAGGCAUUAUUAUACUAAAAAAUAGACACGAACCAAAUGCAUACUGUGACAAAGUAGCUUAUUUUUCAUCAACAAAGGAAACCUGAAAUUACACGUCCACAUGGGAUCUCAAACUGCAGAAAACUCCACUCAAGAGCCAAACCUCGACUUGUACAGAGUGCUGAGCAUAAAGGGCAGUUGGAGCUGCAGAAACUGAGCAAAGAGCCAGCAGUGACCACUUCACCAGGAGUGAGCAUCAGUCUGCCAUUAACUCCAGCACUUUCGUUACUCAAUCAGAAUGACCAUCUCUGUCACAGCUGAACCCUACUGCCUAGGGACAGCACAGGAGAUUUCCAGCUUAAAGACAUAGGGAGUUCACAGUCUCCUGGAUCUGAGAUACCUUUCAGACAGGUGUGAUUCUCCAUUAUAGCAAAAAACAGUGAAAUGACACACACUACCAAUGCCAUGGGGAAAUAAAAUGCUUAAACCACUUGGGGAGACAGAAUCAGUCUGGUGGGGCUCCUCUGUCACACUUACAUUAAAAAAAAAAGAAGAAAAAAAUAGAUUAUGCCUUAAACCAACGGUAUUAAGGACCGAGGAUCUUCUCAAGCAGGAGCACAGAAGUCACCAGUCUGUACUUCUUACACGGACUGAACAGCAGUUUCAGGGGCCAUCAGGAGGUGGGUGCAGAACAGAGCAGUUACCAGAGCAGGAACAAUGCACGGAGCUGACAAGCCCUACCUUUUGCCUUUCACCAGGAAAUAGCAGUUUGUUUCCUUAUUGCCAAUUGGCUGGGCAUCACAUUUCAGCUUCUUGGGAAACCGAAGCAAUUAAGGGGGGAGCAACUCCCCCGAAACAUGGGAGGGGCUGCACGCUUACAUAUCCAUAUCUGAACAGCUUAAAUGAGGUUUAGAGAGAGGCAACCUUUGAUUUAAUGCUUGUGUAGUCAAUGCUCUGAAUCAUUCCUUAAGUGAACAGUAAUAAAAACCCCUCCAGCAGAUUAAAGAGUGAUGUGAAAGGCAAAGUAAAACAAAGCACAGCCUGUUUAACAGGUUCACGUGUAUUUUUCAAACAACCGAACGUCACUGGUAGUGAAUAUGCAGAACAACUUCAGAGCCCGACAGCAUUCUGCCUAAACCCAACACAGAGCUGCCUGCAUUGUGCUGAAUUCCAGGCCUUUCCUGUCUGCUUUUAGUUGGAAGGGUGGAUGGUUUUCCGGACAUUGAUGACCAUUUCUACAUUCAAGCUCCUCUCACUGGCUCCAGUUGUGACACCUCUCCUGCUUACACUGUGACCAAACAGCUGCCUCUUGUGAAUGCUGAGAGCAUGCAGCCACCAAGUCCAACAAAAGAAGAAAUGUGAGGCUGCAGCUCUGCCCUCAAUGACACACAAGAACUCCAAAAGUCACCGCGGAACUGGGAGUUUCCUGCAUAAUCCCUUUAAAAAUGAGUUUGCAAAGAGCAUAGGCAAAUAUCUACCCUCUAUCUGAUUCAGGAGGCAUUGGGGGUAUUCCACACAGAGAGUGAUCACUUCACUCUGUUUCCUGAAGAGGUUCCAGCAACAAAACUUUUCCUGGACCAGACCCCGCUCCCCCCUCACACUGCAUUCGGCGCUGCAGUCCCAUGAUCCCAUUGGUAGGGGAAGCACUUAUUGUUAGGGGGUUUUUUCCUUCUGCUGCUCCAAGAAAUAAAAAACACAAACUUAGAAAAAAACCCUCAGAACUCACAAUCCCAGAUGAGCCAUUUCCAUUACCUCGUGCAUGACUGCAUUCAACCUUACAACUGCUGCUGAUGAAGUAUUUUUUAACCAUGUGCUUCAAAGACAACUGCCAUUAUUUUUACCUUUACCUUACCACCACUUAUUUUUACACCUGCAAUACACUUUGUUCAUUACCGUUCACAUUUGUGCUUGAUAACCAUGUAAUGAUCCACAGCGUUCUUGCUUGCAAUUAGUUCUGCUUGGAGCGAGGAGGAAGCAGAUUCUAACUAAUUAAUUAACAAAACCCCAAAACACAGCGGAGAGGAACACUGAGGAACAGCACUGAACCCCUCAAGUAUCCAUGACAGAUGUCUGUCAGCACAAGCAGCAGCAGAGCGAGCUCAGCUUGCAGCAUUACUGGGAACCAGUGGGACACUGGGAUGGAGGUGGGGAACUGCAUAUGGAGCAGUUCCUGUUUGCUGUGAUGGACCAGUGUGGGACUGAUGAUUCCAUUUAGUACGGAGCAGUGUGACCUUUUCAACUUAUCCAUCAGAUGGUGAAGCAACUGAGGCCGUUGCUCUUUGCAAAAAGAACUCACUAUGAGCCUGACCCACAUCAAACUCUGUGAUCGACUGCUUCCAGCACACAACUGAAAGUACUCCUGACAAAAUGGUGGGCUAAGGCAGCAAAACGUGUCCAGAUGAGAUGUGAAAGGCUCUGGGCCUUUCUCCGUAGCCAAAAACUACACUUCAAGCACACCACCUGUCUUCACACUCACCAGAGAACACUUGAGAUAACAAAUUUCACAGCGUAACCAAAUUCAAUACACAAAAAAGGAAACAAUCCAGCUGGAAUAAA